UUGUUAUCAUCGUCAUUCGUGUUUUUAUAUAUUCGCGAAUAUAUAUAUAUAGGUAUAUAUAUUAUAUAUUCAUAUAUAUCAGAGGAUCGUGAAGGAAGAAGCUAGCUUCUCUUCGUCGGUUUCGUUUUUAUUUCGUUUUGUGUGUCUCGAGCUUAGAGCUCGUUCGUGUUUCUUAGUGAACGCUCGUGCGGCAAAGUGACUUCCUCAAAGUGCACCGGCAACAAGGCGAUACAGCCUCGCGAGAUCAUCGUCAGCAUAAAUGAUAAACGAAGCGAAGGUAUCGAGUUGAGAACGAUCGCCGACGUUUCUGGUAUCGGUCACAAUAGUUCCGUCGAAUACGUGGACGCUAACAAGCAAAUUCUGACCACCAGUCUGACGCGUCAUUAUGCUGCAGUGAUGGAGGGUGAAGGAACGUUGGGCCGCGGUCAUUCGAAUGGGGGCCGUGGUUUGCGCCGUCAACGGUCCCUCGAAUGGCGAGAACGGCGCGGUUAUGGUCAUAGUGCUCAAUCAAGUAGCGACGAAGAAGAAAAAGCUCAUCGCGUAGUUGGCCCAUCGACGACUUCAUCCACCAAUAGAGGAGCUCGAAGUCCUGGACAAGUUUUCGCCUCUAUACUCGCACAACAUUAUGGUGGUGCCGGUGAUCGUUCUUAUCGUACUGGUUCGGACACGGAGGGUGCUGCAACGACGGACAACCCUACGACGCCGUUUCCAACACCACCACCAACGUUGACGCCAAAUCAUCGACAAGCCUCACCGUUUCCUCUCGAAAGCACCAACUCUCGGCGGCAUCAUUACAACGGGAGCGUAUCCUCGGACAGAUCUCGCAAUGGAAACGGUGAAACGGUGUAUGCGGCACCAAGCAAAAAGACGAAUACCGGAGGAGGAGGAGGAGGAGACACCGGAAGAGAUUCUCCACCCGAACCGGCACCACCCGAAGUACCACCUCGUGGUCCAUCUUUACACGCAACUCAUACCUUACGUACUCAACAAACUCGAAACGGAUGUCCACCGAAUGCAGUAGGAAAUUUUACCAUACCAACGGAUCAGAUACCGUCGGAAACAUAUUCGGGUACACAUACCCCCGUUGGAGUAUAUCGCGACGCCGACUAA